UGCAAUGGUUGAGAGUGAAAACAAUGAUAGUUGGCUGUGGUUCCUCACCUUGGUAAGGACACGUGUCGUGGGAAAUAGGGAACGAGUUUGCGUCAUCUCAGACCGCAACAAGGGUCUUCUGCAUGCGUUGGACGUGCUGCAUGAUAGCACAAACUGCUCCAUUGCAUGGCCUGAUGUGGAGAGAAGAUGGUGCAUGCGACACUUGGGCGCGAACCUGUACACAAGGUACCGCAGCAAGUCGCUUGUAAAGAGAUUCAAAGGGCUAUGUCUUCAGAACCAGCAGGCGAAGUUCAACGAGAUAUGGAGAGAGUUAAAUGAGACCACUCGCAAGAUGAUGGCAGACCAGCAAGCAGGGGAGGAUCAACUGCGGGUGCAAAUGGUUGGGGGCCAAACUAUCGUUAGUCGUUCACGUGGUACAUUUAGCCAGUGGAUAGCGGGGAAGCCGGCGGAGCGUUGGGCCCUUAUCCAUGACACUCAUGGUGCCAGGUACUCCAUCAUGACAACGAACAUAGCGGAGGCGUUCAACAAUGUCCUGAAGGGAGUACGGGGCCUCCCGUUGUGUGCCAUUAUUGAGCUCACAUUCUACAGAACGGCGGACUACUUUCGAGACCGUGGUAAUGCUGCUAUGAAGUUUAGCACACGGUUCAUUGAGAUCAUGGGAGGACUGUCCGCCGAGUAG